GAUCAGUAUAGGUGUGUGGUUCAUCAUGAAGACCGUCGUCUUUUUGGUGUUAGUCCUGUCUUUAACAAUAGCAUCAGCUUCACCUUCAAUAGCAAAAGAUGAAACUGUGUCCAAGGAAGGAUCUUCAACGACAGUGAUUGAAGGUCCUGAUGGGAGCAGUAUAGUUUCUCAAGUAAAACCGGGUUUUAUUACAAACAAUGUAAUAAAAGGGCCAUCGGCGGUUGCAACCGUCAUUGGACCAGAUGCUCCAAAGGAAACCGAACAAAAUCAACCCGAAGAUUCCCCUAAAAGAUUGGAAUCUUUCCAAGAGAAGAGGCUAAAACCAAAUCGUCAUAUACUUCGUCCAAAACCAAUCAAUUUGGUUGAAAGAGUCCCAGAAAUUGUUCCAUCUGUUGUUCCAGAAAUACUCCCGGAAAAGCCAUUGUCAUUGAACGGGUUACUCGCUUUACUUCACGAGAAAAAUAAACCCUCACAUAAGCCAAGCCUACCGCCAUGCAAACUACCACCUGUUCAGAAACCUCCCAGUAACUGUCAUCCCCUGGUUCGACCGCCUGUUAUCCAACCACAGCUUCCUAUACUAUUUCCUCCUCAACAUGCCUCAUGUCCACACCAUGUUCCAGGUCAAUAUCCUCCUAAUAAUCAGCUUUUGUAUCCGCAAACAGCUCAAUCUUCUCAACUUCUAAAUGGAUUAGUCGGAAGUAUCUUACAAUUAUUGUUGCUUUCUUCACUACAACCCAAUCUCCAUCAGCAUCCACACGCCAUGUACAUGCCUCCAAGUUACGUUCCAUUGCAAUGGCUUAGGCCAACUCCUCACGAUGAGUACAUCGAUAAGUCAGAAGAAAAAUUCAAGGGAACAAUGGGAAAUGAAAAUAAAUUUGCUGUAGCUGAAAAUCAAAUUAUUCUGCAAGAUUCCCAACCCGUUUCAGCAGUCUACACACCACACAAUCUUCUAAUUCCUUCAAAUGCUGUUUCGUAUUACAACUAUCCAUGGACUAGAAGCGAACAAAGAACUGAAGAAUCAGCAGCAACCGCAGCAAACCCCCGAGCAGAAUAAAAUAAUCGAGUAACACUAAACUUAGUACAACAUAUGGAUAAUGCAUAUAAUAUUAAAUAUAGAAAUGUCAUAACAAGAUCAGCAGUUAAAGCUACUCUGGUUACAUAGUAAAUUUUAUUUUUUUAUACUUUAUAUAUAUGAGUUAGAUAAAUAUAAAAUUUUUUUAAUACAUUCGUGUCUAUAAUGUCUAUGGAUUUGUGUUGCCCUCGUUGUUUCUUCGUAUUCUGAUUGCUCUUUACAAUUUUUCCCUGUAAACUUAUAUAAUUCUGUGUCCCUUUUUACAACUUUGUUUUUUGUAUUCAAACAAUUGCGACGAGGUACAAAUGAGUUGUUCCACUUCAAAUCGUAUACUACUUUUGAAUUUUUUUUUUUUUAUUGUUGAA